GCUGCAGCCGCUGCCGCCGAUUCCGGAUCUCAUUGCCACACGUCCCCGACGACCGCCCGACGUGCAUUCCCGGUACGGUAGGGCCCUGCGCGCACGGCGCCAGAGGGAUGGGCAGGUAGAGCCAACUGCCUCUGGUUCUGCUGGCCUCCGCUGCUCGCGAAGGGGUUCCUGCUCCCGGGAGGUGUAGGAGCCGCUUUCCAGAAGCACAGCCCGGAGACGUCUGGGCGGCGGCCCACACAACGCAUGUGUUCGGAGCUCGCCGCGCUCUGCUUUUGCUCUAAGCGGGAACCAUGGCUUCUGGCCACGCUGGGGAACCGAGGAGUUGGCCGCACCCAAGCAGGGGUCGAAAGCCCGGGUGGAUGCGGAACAAGGAUCUGAUAGGCCUUAAGGGUGGGGGAUACCUCUGGGCUCGAAAUCGGCGGGCGGUGCAAAACUCGAGGUCGAGUUCUCGGAGCCCGUAGAGCCAAAAAAGCCUCAGCUUGUCCGGGGCGGGUUCUUGAAAGCCGGAAAGCGGCUGAGUACCACGUGGCUUGCAUUUUUCUCUUGGGACGCUCGAGAGGUGGGCUCCGUGAGGGCAGCUGCUGCCUGCAGAUUAUAGGGAGCUCUUUGCGCAUUUAUUAAGAAGCUACUGGUGUAUCUCGCGCUGUGCUAGGCAUGGCGCAUGCAAAGAUGAAGCAGGCAGCAUCCCAGCCCUUCCGCACCUCAGACGGUCAGUUGAGUAGGAUCCGCCGGUACCAACUCCUCCUUUUAACAAAUGGGGAGACCGAAAGCUAGGAGACAGUCAGGGAUCUCUAAGUUCCCAGUGAGUAGGCGGCAGAGGUGAGGUGUAGAACUCGUUUUUGCAUGUCUCUCGCCUCUAGACGCACCCUUCCCUCAUCCCAUGCUCUCCCACCUCCGCCCCUACAUCAAAGGUAGCAUUGGAUCCCGGGGCCGUUCAGUGAAGCUAGCAGGUGUCCGCAGGAACUCCCUUCCCCCUGCCAGGCUAGAAACCUUACAAGGCUGUCUAGAAAUAGCAGUGAUUUGUAAGGAGAGACCCGGCUCCAGCUUGGUGACUCUGGGCUGACUGCCUGCCUAGAGGUCCUCUCGGAUUUUUGCCCUUUGGAGUGGUGUCAAAACUAGACGUGAUACUUUGGGGAUGCAGCCUGUGAUAUUUCCUCCAGCGAAUGCAGUGCAGGGUUGGAUUAACAAGGUGGAAAGAAUUCGAGGGUUCCACCAAGUAGCUAUUAACUCUAGGGCUGCAGGCCUCAGGCCUUCUGCAGCUAUUUCUACACUCCCUGUACUGAAACUAUUUCUUCAUACUGGGCCUCACAGGCCUUUGCAACAAGGAUCACGGCAGAAGCCACACCGUGUGCCUCCCUCCCGGUUGGUUAACAGGCCCUGGUUUCUAGUAUUGCGAUUUAAAGUCUGGCGCUGGCUGCACGCCAGACCUGGGAGGCUGCCAGCUAGGCUUCACGUUGCUGGCGUCUGCUUCGGGGCAUUCAUUAGGUCUGAAGUCUGAAUCCCAGCUCCCUCUCACCCACUGAGCUGCAUAGCUCCAGAUUGCCUCUGCUUACGGGCGGGGCUUCUCAGCCUUCUGCCUUCUGGCCGGAUGCCCGCUUCCCAACGGCCGGAGGCCGCUAGGCUAAUCGGCUUCGCCCUGCGCGCUGUAAUGCGCAUGCGCACGCGCACAAGUUCCUGGGCCCGCCCAUCUUCCGGACUUGGGCGGGGCGUAAAAGCCGGGUGUUCGGAGGACCCAGCAAUUAGUCUGAUUUCCGCCCACCUUUCCGAGCGGGAAGGAGAGCCACAAAGCGCGCAUGCGCGCGGAUCACUGCGGGCUCCUGUGCCUUGGGCUUGAGCUUUGUGGCAGUUAAUGGCUUUUCUGCACGUUAUCUCUGGUUUUUACUUGAGAAGCCUGGCUGUGUCCUUGCUGUAGGAGCCGGAGUAGCUCAGAGUGAUCUUGUCUGAGGAAAGGCCAGCCCCACUUGGGGUUAAUAAACCGCGAUGGGUGAACCCUCAGGAGGCUAUACUUACACCCAAACGUCGAUAUUCCUUUUCCGCGCUAAGAUUCCUUUUGGUUCCAAGUCCAAUAUGGCAACUCUAAAGGAUCAGCUGAUUCAUAAUCUUCUAAAGGAAGAACAGACCCCCCAGAAUAAGAUUACAGUUGUUGGGGUUGGUGCUGUUGGCAUGGCCUGUGCCAUCAGUAUCUUAAUGAAGGACUUGGCAGAUGAACUUGCUCUUGUUGAUGUCAUCGAAGACAAAUUGAAGGGAGAGAUGAUGGAUCUCCAACAUGGCAGCCUUUUCCUUAGAACACCAAAGAUUGUCUCUGGCAAAGACUAUAAUGUAACUGCAAACUCCAAGCUGGUCAUUAUCACAGCUGGGGCACGUCAGCAAGAGGGAGAAAGCCGUCUUAAUUUGGUCCAGCGUAACGUGAACAUCUUUAAAUUCAUCAUUCCUAAUGUUGUAAAAUACAGCCCGAACUGCAAGUUGCUUAUUGUUUCAAAUCCAGUGGAUAUCUUGACCUACGUGGCUUGGAAGAUAAGUGGUUUUCCCAAAAACCGUGUUAUUGGAAGUGGUUGCAAUCUGGAUUCAGCCCGAUUCCGUUACCUGAUGGGGGAAAGGCUGGGAGUUCACCCAUUAAGCUGUCAUGGGUGGGUCCUUGGGGAACAUGGAGAUUCCAGUGUGCCUGUAUGGAGUGGAAUGAAUGUUGCUGGUGUCUCUCUGAAGACUCUGCACCCAGAUUUAGGGACUGAUAAAGAUAAGGAACAGUGGAAAGAGGUUCACAAGCAGGUGGUUGAGAGUGCUUAUGAGGUGAUCAAACUCAAAGGCUACACAUCCUGGGCUAUUGGACUCUCUGUAGCAGAUUUGGCAGAGAGUAUAAUGAAGAAUCUUAGGCGGGUGCACCCAGUUUCCACCAUGAUUAAGGGUCUUUACGGAAUAAAGGAUGAUGUCUUCCUUAGUGUUCCUUGCAUUUUGGGACAGAAUGGAAUCUCAGACCUUGUGAAGGUGACUCUGACUUCUGAGGAAGAGGCCCGUUUGAAGAAGAGUGCAGAUACACUUUGGGGGAUCCAAAAGGAGCUGCAAUUUUAAAGUCUUCUGAUGUCAUAUCAUUUCACUGUCUAGGCUACAACAGGAUUCUAGGUGGAGGUUGUGCAUGUUGUCCUUUUUAUCUGAUCUGUGAUUAAAGCAGUAAUAUUUUAAGAUGGACUGGGAAAAACAUCAACUCCUGAAGUUAGAAAUAAGAAUGGUUUGUAAAAUCCACAGCUAUAUCCUGAUGCUGGAUGGUAUUAAUCUUGUGUAGUCUUCAACUGGUUAGUGUGAAAUAGUUCUGUCACCUCUGACGCACCACUGCCAAUGCUGUACGUACUGCAUUUGCCCCUUGAGUCAGGUGGAUGUUUACCGUGUGUUAUAUAACUUCCUGGCUCCUUCACUGAACAUGCCUAGUCCAACAUUUUUUCCCAAUGAGUCACAUCCUGGGAUCCAGUGUAUAAAUCCAAUAUCAUAUGUCUUGUGCAUAAUUCUUCCAAAGGAUCUUAUUUUGUGAACUAUGUCAGUAGUGUACAUUACCAUAUAAUGUAAAAAGAUCUACAUACAAACAAUGCAACCAACUAUCCAAGUGUUAUACCAACUAAAACCCCCAAUAAACCUUGAACAGUGA